AUGUCGCAGGAUGAUUUGGCUAGCUUGCGAGUUGACAAGGCCCGGUUGAUGAGCGAUCUGCACACGACCUGUGAAUGGGGCAAAGGGGAAUCAUGGGGAGAUGUCGAAGCUGACCACUUCCACAGCGGCGAGACCGAGACGGGAAUGUCGAGACUUUCGCUCUCCGACACCGACCGGCAGGCUCGUGAUUGGUUCCACCGUACUGCCACUGAACUUGGCUGCAAAGUCCACACCGAUGCCAUGGGUAACCAGUUCGCCGUUCGCCCAGGACUGAGCAACGAUGCUGCUCCAACAUAUGCAGGCAGUCAUCUGGACACCCAACCAACCGGCGGCAGAUAUGACGGUAUUUUAGGCGUCACGGCUGCGAUUGAGAUGCUUCGGACACUCAACGACAACUGGAUCGAGACGGCCUAUCCUGUCGGAGUAGUCAACUGGACAAAUGAGGAAGGCGCCCGUUUUCCCAUGUCAAUGGUCGCGUCAGGAGUAUGGGCCGGCAGCAUUUCGGUCGAGCGAGCUCAUGAUCUCAAGUCUGUCAUACCGUCUAGUGAUACGGCGACUAUACAGACCGAGCUCGAACGCAUCGGAUACCUUGGGGAAGUACCCUGCAGCUGGGAAGCCACACCCAUGGCAGCCCACUUCGAGCUUCACAUUGAGCAGGGACCUAUCUUGGAGGCAGAGAAUCGACGUAUUGGCGUUGUCCGGGGUGUUCAGAGCUACAAAUGGUUCACCGUCACCGUACGUGGAAGAGACUCGCACACCGGUGCAACAUCAUUCCAGCACCGCGCAGACGCACUGCUUACUGCAAGUAAAAUGAUCCUCGCCAGCCACAAGGUCGCAAGUAAGCAUGGCGCUCUCGCAAGCACCGGCAUUUUGACCCUCAAGCCUGGAUCGACCAACACCGUACCGGGCUUUGUCCAAUUCUCGUUGGAUGUUCGAGCCCCGCAGGAUGACACCGUAGAGGCGGUAGAGUCGGAAUGCAGGUCAGCAUUCAUCGCUCUUGCUGCUGGGGAGGAUGCCUUGCAGAUCAAUACCGGCUGCACGCCUUCGUCGCGGCAGUGCAGCGUAGAGUGGCGGACCGACUUCGUAAGCCCAGCUACCCACUUCCACGGCGACUGCAUAGCCUGCGUGCAGGCUGCAGGCUCGCACCUUUGUGGCGGCGGCGAAGUGAAAGAUAAAGAUAUCGGUAGCUGGGGCAAAUUGAUGACGAGCGGCGCCGGUCAUGACAGCGUCUACACAAACAAGCGAUGUCCGACCUGCAUGAUCUUCGUCCCUUGCAGAGACGGUGUCUCACACAAUCCCGCGGAGUACAGCAGCCCCGAGGCCUGCGAAGAUGGGGCCAACGUCCUUCUGGGCGCUGUGGUCCGCUAUGACAAGCUACGCUCCGAGCGUGGUCGUUGA